AUGUUUGUUCCACUGCUCUACUCGCCCAUCGUACAAGAUGCUGAGGGCCAUCAUCAAAAAAAUCUUCACGAAACGUUAACAUCAAGAAAAGCCGACAGACUGGCCCUUACCAAACGAGAUAAAAUUACAAAUCCUCCAUUCAUUGAUUUAUCCUUGGCAGUUUCAUCAUCACAAGAUCAACAGCAAGAAGAACUGAUAUUAUCUGAAGCUGUCUCAUCAGUAUUCGAUCAUACAUUGACACCAUCAGUAUCGGAGAAACAACAUGUAGCCGUCUUCUCGCUGAGUAGUAGUUCAUCAUCAUCAUCAUCAUCUAGUUUAUCUUCAUUAUCAUCGUUGUCUGCCAUGGCUAGUACAACGAGAAUUUCUGAACACAAUUUAGAAAAUGGUAUUGUACCAAAUCGACCAACCUCGGCCAAUUUUAUGAAACGUUUUAAUUAUCGUUAUGGCGUAUCGGAUGAUAAAUUACCGACAAACACAAAUUCGUCUCUACCAUCAGUACCUUUUACGUCUUCUUCAAAUACGUCAUCAUCUUCUAGUUCAUCUUCAUCAGAUAAACAACAAGAACAAUCUCUUUCACAACAACAACAACAACAACAACAACAACGACGAGCACCGAAUUGUUAUCAACAGUAUAAACAAGUUAGUGCACCAUAUGAAUAUCAGUUAGCGCCUGUUGUUAAAUCACAAACAAAUGGUUUGCACACUACAUCGACAAAUACUAAUAGUAUUCAGACUAACAAUCAACAACAAGCACCAAUUAGUCGUUAUUAUGCCACUCGAACCCAAACUACAGCAGCAAAUAAUACUGACGCUAAAAAUACCGUUACAACAACGAAUAGUAAUUAUAAAUCAGCGCCGACAGACUAUUCUAUUGAACAGAAUCUGUUUAAUAUUGUACGAUUUGAUGUAGUUAAAAAUAAUUUCUCAGACUAUUAUCAAUUAGGUGAUUUUGUUCGUAGCGGUGGCUUUUCCGAGGUACACGAAGGCAUUCGAUUAUCCGAUAAUAGAAAUGUCGUUAUUAAAUUCAUUCCAAAAGAAAAAACAAAAAAUUGGUUAAUGAUUAGCAGUAAAAGAUAUCCAGCUGAAAUAUUACUUCAUAAAUGUGUUCACGAAAUACAAGGCGUAAUACACAUUCAUGAUUAUUUUGAAUCAUCCGAGUUCUGGAUACUCGUUAUGGAUCGUUUGCGUCAUUGUCAAGAUUUAUUUGAUUUUUUGGAAGCAAGACAUCGUGGACGUUUAAGCGAAGCGGAUGCACGUAAAUUUUUUACACAAUUAGUUCAUAUUAAUUUAGCCAUGUUACAUAAAGGCGUUGUACAUCGAGAUUUAAAAAGUGAAAAUAUUCUAGUUGACUUGGAUACUAAUUCUCUGGUAUUAAUCGAUUUUGGUGCUAGUGCAAUUUAUAAGGGAUCAUCAUUUUAUUCCGAUUUUCAUGGGACAAGACAGUAUAAAACGCCAGAAUAUAUAAUAAAAAAACGUUAUUCGGCUGUAGCAUCAACUGUUUGGACAUUAGGAAUAUUAUUAUAUGAUAUGGUAACAGGACGUUUACCAUUUGAAAAUGAAGACGAGAUAACACGUUAUAAAUUAGUUCUAAAACCAUUUUUAUCACCAGAUUUAAAAAAUAUAAUAGCACAAUGUUUACAGAUGAAUCCUGAUCGUCGUCCAUCAUUAGAAUCUCUCUUAGAACAUGCAUGGAUAAAAAAUGGAUCAGCAACAUCGACUUGA